AUGGGGCAAGUAGAAAAAAUCAUAUUCCUUAAGAAUAAGACAGUACCAGAGGACCAUUACGAGACGAUUUUUGAAUCGAAUGGCUUCCAGACUCACUUUGUACCCAUAAUAACCCAUGAACACCUGCCAGAUGAGGUUCGCGGUCGACUAUCCGACGCGAAUUACAUGAAAAGGUUGAAUUGUUUGGUGGUAACCUCUCAGAGGACUGUGGAGUGUCUCUAUGAGGACGUUCUGCCCUCUCUUCCAGCUGAAGCACGCAAAUCUCUUCUCAAUACGCCAGUAUUCGUGGUUGGGCGUGCCACUCAGGAAUUUAUGGAGAGAUGCGGCUUUACGGACGUGAGAGGGGGAUCUGAGACUGGUAAUGGCGUUUUGCUAGCGGAGUUAAUGUUAAAUAUGAUCCAGAAGGGCGAUAUCAGCUCCUCGGGAACUUUUCUGCUGCUCGUGGGCGAGAUCCGCCGCGAUAUAAUUAAGAAACGGUUGGAAUCGGCAGAACUAGAGGUUGAAGAGAUAAUCACGUAUCGUACCAGCCCACUCCAUGAUAUUAGUGAGCGCUUUGAACGUGUGUUCACCGAUAACUCUUGGGUCGUGCUAUUUAGUCCUCAGGGCACCAAUGAACUGCUUCCCCUACUGAGACAGGGGGCUGCCAAGAUUGCAGCUAUUGGACCAACAACUGCGCAAUAUCUACUUGACAAUGCCACUCCACCAAUAUUAACGAGCCCUAAACCUGAGCCCUCGAGCUUGUACAAUGCAAUAAAAGAUUAUUUGGCAGCGUCUCCUAUGGGCAAUUAG